AUGCGCUUCUUCCAGGCUUUGGGACUCACGAGGAACAGUACCAGGAAGUCCGACACCAUCCCCGUCAAGGCUCCCGUCGCUAUUCAACCGCCAAAGAAGGUGAUUCGAGCCCUCUACGAUUAUGAGGCGCAAUCCGCCCAAGAACUGAGCUUCUCGAGAGGCGACUUCUUCCACGUCAUCAGCCGCGAAAACGACACCGACUGGUAUGAGGCAUGCAACCCCGCCUUGCCUGAUGCCCGAGGCCUUGUGCCCGUCACCUUCUUCCAAGCCCUUGGCCGAACCGAGCGAGACAGCGGCCAGUCCGAUGACCACCCAGUACUCCCGACAAAGAACCCCGAUCACGAUUCCGGAUACAGCGAGACCUCGACCAUGCAGCCAGCGCCUGUGCAGUCGCCUGUGCAAGUGCAAGCUGCCCUAGGCCAUCGUGUCUCCAAGUCUGGUGGAAAGGGUGCUAUGGUCUAUGGAAUUGUCAUGUACGACUUCGCUGCGGAAAGGGCGGACGAGCUGGAGGCAAAGGCUGGCGAGGCCAUCAUUGUCAUCGCACAGUCCAACCCUGAGUGGUUUGUCGCGAAGCCGAUCGGACGGUUGGGCGGACCGGGAUUGAUCCCCGUAUCAUUCGUGGAGAUUCGGGAUAUGGCCAGUGACAAGGCUAUCGAGAACCCCUCCGAUGCCAUCAAGAGAGCCGGAGUUCCUAAGGUGGAAGAGUGGAAGAAGAUGGCCGCCGAGUACAAGAACAGCAGUAUUACGCUGGGCAAGUUUGAUAACGGCGGCCCACCCGGGCAACCCGGACAACCCGGACAAGGCAUGGAACAAAGCAUGGAGCGGUUGAGUAUCCAGCAGCAUGCUCGACAGGGCUCUCAGAGCAGCCCCGGAAUUGUGAGAUACCCCGACGAUGCACGAACUUCGCAACAGGCUCAGCAGUUUGCUCCUAAGCCGGCAACACAACUACUUGCGCCUUUACAGGCGCGGAUACCCAGAUAUUGCUUUGCCGAGGAGAAGUACUGGUUUGUCAUUGAGGCUCUCCUAGAUGACGGCCGACAUUGGGAGCUCUCGCGUUACUACGAAGACUUUUACGACUUCCAGAUUGCUCUCCUUACCGAAUUCCCUGCCGAGGCUGGCAACACCGGCACACAGAAGCGAUCACUACCGUAUAUGCCCGGACCCGUUAAUUACGUGACGGACGCAAUCACCGAAGGCAGACUACACAACCUAGACGCUUACGUCAAGAACCUGCUGAACCAACCGCACUACAUCGCGCGCUGCAACUUGGUCAGGCAGUUCUUCGCCCCCCGAGAAGGAGACUACGAAAUCGACCCCAAUAGCAAUGGCGACGAAUACCGUCUGUCUCAGGGCUCUCAGCCUUCCUCGACUGAAUCUCCCGCCGACGGCGCAUCGAGGCAGUCAUCUCGAAAUAACCUCAACGGAGGCUCGUACUCGGGGCUGUCAGCGGCGCCCGCGCGCCAGAACGGAAACCCUGCCAUGUCACGACAGACGUCGUCACUUUCGCAACCCUCUCAGACAUCUCUCUCCGCCGGCAUGCAACAGCAACCCCAGCAACCCGCAUCCGCGAUGAAGAUCAAGAUGUACUACAACGGGGAUUUGAUUGCCAUCCGCGUGCCAACCGACAUUCAGUUCCAACAGCUCUACGAUAAGAUCCAAGACCGCCUCAAGCUUCCGGACGGCGACCAGCUGCAGCUGUUCUACAAGGAUGAGCCGACAGGAGACAAGCCCAGCUUGCUGAGUGACAACGACCUUGAUUUCGCCCUGCAGCGAAACGAGAAACUUCUCCUCUACGUCGAGAUUGUUUGA